UCUCCCUCACACAGGUCGGAAGUCCUUGUGCGGUGAAUGAUUUGAACAAUGUGGGACGUCUAUUUCUAUACUAAUAACGUCAGACCGUAUAUCACAGGAAUACCUGGAAUCUACACCGCGGCAAAACCUAAAUAAGCACAUCGCUGGAGAUGUAUUUUGUGAGAAGAUGGCAGAAAUACGCUCGGUUCUGUCGUCUCUGUUAAAUGGAUGCUGCGCUCUUCGUCGGCCGUGUUAUGUUAUGCCUCUGCAGAUUAUUCCACAGGUAAAAUUCAGGUGACAAAGAUGUAAAAGUAGAAUGCUACGAAAGUGUAGCUCUGCUCUUGCCUUUCUUUAUUAAAAGAAAAAGAAGAAACAGGUAGGGCGACAAUUCACUCUUUGUUCUUUAAUUAAUUAGCUCCAACCGCAAGCAAAGAGGAUGCUGCAGCAGAAGACCAGCCAUGGACAGGCCAUGCAUGCCACACCAGCAACACUUCACGUGCUUUGGCUUUACUCUUUGUGCAACCACAUAAGGGUGCCCCGAAUAGGAGUUAGCUGCACAACAAUCACUGACACACUGUCAUACAUUGACAAUCAGACUUCUACCGAGAAGGGUACCUAGAGUUCGCACCUCGUGUUCAUGAUGGCGUCAAGCAGCAGGGAGGAGCCUUGUACCUCACCCAUUGUGGCGGAUGCUACUUCAAUGGUGAGCAUGGAAGCCGAGAUGGUUGUGGCCACAGGCCGUGACCGUUGCCAUGAGUUGAAGGAUAUGCUCAACAGGGCAGAUCCGUCGACCAUGGUAGUGGUGAUGGCCUCAGGCAACCAGACUUCCACGCUAAAGCCUCGCUCGCCGGUCAUGGAUCCUCGGCUGCUAGCAGCGGCCUGCUCUGGCUCUUUCCAGGAUCUGGAAACACUUCUCAAUGGGGAUGACCAUCAAGCCUCGAGCGAACGGACCAUCGGAAGCUCGAUGAUGCAUCGAGCUUCUGGUGAUGAAGAAGCAUUUCUUAGGGAGUCCCUCCUCGAUGCGGUCACCAUUGGAGGCAACACUCUCCUCCAUGUGAUCGCCACCAAUGGUGAUCGCGAGGACUUCUUGAAUAAAGCUACCUUCAUCCACAUGAAGGCAAAAAACUUACUCUUCGUGCAGAACAAUAGGGGAGAUACACCCCUACAUUGUGCUGCACGAGCGGGGAACUCACAAAUGGUGUCUCUUCUCAUUGAUCUUACCAAAGGUCAAGAUAACAAUGUUAGCAGAGUGAAGGCACUACUGGAGACAGAAAACAAGCUCAAGGAGACAGCUUUGCACGAGGCUGUACGCUCAGGCAACAAUGAUAUGGUCAAGUUGUUCCUGGAGGAGGAUCCACAAUUGGCCAGUUUUCCCAAGGAUGGUACUUCUCCAUUGUAUCUAGCCAUCUUACUGUUAAAAAAAAUCACCGCAGAAACACUCUACGAGUCGAGCCGCGGGGUUAUUUCAUACUCUGGACCAAAUGGACAAAAUGCAUUGCAUGCUGCUGUUCUCCGAGACAAAGAUCUUACAAAAAUGUUGUUAGCAUGGAACAACGACCUUACAGUACAACAUGAUAAUAAUGGAAGUACACCUCUUCACUUAGCUGCAUCUGCACGUGUGCUAUGGGGAAAACAGCAACAAAGCAUAUGUUUGCUCCUACUGAAAGCCAAUCCAGAUGCAUUGUAUCAACCGGACAACAAUGGAUCAUUCCCCACACACGUGGCUGCAUCCGUCGACGACACAUAUGCCAUUAAUGCUUUUCUCCGGGAGUCGCCCAGUUGCGCUGGUCUAUGUGAUGCUAGGGGAAGGACAUUUCUUCAUGUUGCAGUUGACAAAAUGAAAAUAUGGACAGUCUGUUUUGCUAGCCUCACCCGAUCAUUAUCAUGGAUGUUGAAUAUGCAAGACAAUGAUGGCAAUACUGCCCUGCACCUAGCUGUCCAGACAGGGAGGCUCAGGAUAGUUUGUGCUCUGCUCGGGAAUAGACUAGUACACUUAAAUUUGACAAAUGAAAAAGGGGAGACUCCGUUAGAUAUUGCACGUGGCAAUUAUCCCAGAGAAGAACCAUAUUACUUCCAGAACAGUGAAGCAAAAAUAUAUCGCGCCCUAAAAUCUGCUGGUGCUAAAUGGGGUAUUUGUCGCCAGGAUUACCUUGAAGAAAACGAUAUUGCACUAACAAGAAAGGAUGAAGCUCAUAAAAUGGAUAAAGUGCAAGAGCAGACACAAACUCUAUGUAUUGGCUCCGUACUAAUUGCAACCGUGACAUUUGGUGCAAGCUUUGCCAUGCCUGGAGGUUAUAGAGCUGAUGAUCACACUAAUGGAGGCACACCAACACUUGCUGGAAGGUAUGCAUUUGAUGCAUUCACGUUGGUCAAUGCGCUUGCCUUUGCUUCUUCCAUCAUGGCUACAAUUUCUCUCAUGUUUUCUGGGUCUCCCAUAAUAAGCCCUCGAAGCCGGGAAAGGCACAUAGGAUAUGCCUAUGGCUUCGUGUUGGUCUCGGUUACAAACUUGGCAGUUGCCUUUGUACUUGGUACAUACGCAAUGCUAGCUCCAGUUGCUCAUAAGACUGCUAUUGCAGUAUGUCUCCUAAGUUCUACCAUACUGCUCUACCAAAAUUUGGAACUUGCAAUCAAGAAUAGUGUUCAGAUACCAGCAGUCAGCAUGAGAAAAUGGACAUUUCACGGGAUAGCCAUAGCCUUGAGAUUCCCACUGGCAGCACUUUCAUUCGUUGUCACUAUUCUAGUUAACCUUGGGCCCACAGUUGUCAUCCUUUGUUUGGCUGCAUGGAUAGAUCACAUCGGUGGCAACGUCGAACCAGUGGCACAGCCACCGACACCAUUAGCUUGAAGGGGAGACAUCUAUUACAUGUAUCAUUACUAUCUUUUGUAAGUGUGACUCUUUUCGCGCAGCCAAUUUGAGAUUUCCGACCUACUAUCACUAGAAUCAUGCUUCUUGGGAAACUUAAUGAAUCGUGUGUGUGGUCUGUUAUGCUUAGACCUUUCUUUGUUCAAGAUUGAGUUAAUGUGCUUGUACCAGUGUAAUGUAAACAAUGCUUCCUGUAUUUGUGUGCAACUGCAUAUUAUAUUCUCCGGAUG